AUGCAAAUACAACCUUCGAGAUCGAUUAGUUCCGAUCAGUUCGAAAGUUCCCACGCUCGUUGGCGCGCCCUCACACACCGCACUCCUUCCUCCCACUCCUCCUUUCUCUACGGCGUCAAAUCUACCAAGAUAUACUGCCGUCCGACCUGUCCUGCACGCCUUGCUCGAAGAGCCAAUGUUGUCUUUUAUGACACAGAAGACCAAGCGCGACGGGAUGGCCACCGGCCGUGCAAGAGAUGUCAACCGGAUAAUGCGAGCUUCAUUGGAGAGAGGGAGGAAGUUGUCACAAGGGUUCUAGCACUUCUGCGGACCAAGCGGGAUGACCAUGACCUAACAGUGAAGCGAGGCUUGAAGGAGUUAGCACAAGAGGUCGGUGUAACGCCGAGUUAUCUCUGUCGUGUGUUUAAAAGGGCGAUGGGGCUUACACUAGGAGCAUAUAUGAUAGAGUUUGAGAGGGAGGUAAGCGAGGGCAAGAUAGAGCGCGAAUCUCAACUUCCCAGCACAGUUGGAUCUGGUAUGGUUGACGUGGCGAUGGGACUCUGGACGCCAGCGACAAUGGCAGAGAGUCCUAUAGCACCUGUCGAGGGUCCGAACGAAGAGUUGGCAGAGCAGCAAGUGGGAAAUGUCGCAGAGGCUCUAGACUUGAACUUCGAUUUUGACGAGUGGUUCUGGACUGGAGGCUUUACUCAAGAAGACUUCUUCUUAAACGAUAACUGGAACGCAGACUUUUUGAAUGAUAGCGCCUACAGAUAUGAUAUUUAA